UCAUUCAGUCAACUUCCCGAUUUCCCGUGGGCCAAACAAAAAUAGUUUUAAAAAAAUAAAUAAAUUUAAGAAUAAAAAAUUAGGUUAGCUGCCCGAAAUUACGGGUAAGAAACGGAAAACACAAAAAAUCUUGAAGCCUCAACUCUGAGAUGGCAUCGACGACAGCCACCGCUCGAGCCGUCGUCUUCUCCCGCAUCACCACCUUGUCCGCAAAACCUCUCACACCUUCUCUAUCUCGUUUCUUCCGUAACCGUCACAACCGCGCAUUUUCCGCCCUAACUGUCAGCUGCUUAAACAGUGGCGGAGUCUGCGACGAUGACUACUUCGUAUCAACGCAGAAAUCGAAUUUAGAUCGUGGAUUGCUAGUAAUUGCUAAUAUGUUGAAGAACAUCGAGCCUCUCGACAAUUCCGUUGUUUCCAAGGGGGUUUCUGAUUCCGCCAAGGAAUCCAUGAAGCGGACUAUCUCCACUAUGCUAGGGAUUCUUCCAUCUGAUCACUUCUCCGUUUCGGUUUCCGUCUCCACCCCUCCUCUUCAUCGCCUUCUAUUCUCUUCUAUCAUCACUGGGUAUACGUUGUGGAACGCGGAGUAUAGGGUUUCACUGAUGAGGAAUCUGGAAAGAGCAGCGCCGGGCGAGGAGGUGGCGGGGGAGACAGAGGAAGUUAUUAGGCAGCGGCAGGGAGAGGUGUUUGCGGAGAAAAGGGAGGAGAGAGCGAGUCAAAGUGAUGGCUUUCAAGAAUUCGAGAAGAUUAGGCCUUGGGUUUCCGGGGAAUUGUCGCCAGAGGCUUUGAAGUAUAUUGAAAAACUGCAAGCGGAGUUAUCUGAUGUGGUGGAGGAACUGAAUGUGGAGAAGGAGAAUGUGCAAAUAGAAUGUGAAAAGGAAAACAGGAAUGAUUUGUUGGAGUAUUUAAGAUCCUUGGAUGCCGACAUGGUCACUGAGUUAUCCCAACCAUCAUCAGUACAAGUCGAGGAAACAAUCCACCAGCUUGUUCAAAACAUAUUGCAAAGGCCCUUCAAGAAUGAGCUUAAGAGGAACUCAGGGAUAGUGAACAAAGGAAAUAAUCAUCAAGAUGUUGCCGAUGAAACUUCCGGCACUGUUGGCACUUCCCGGGAUUACCUAGCGAAGCUGCUUUUCUGGUGUAUGCUAUUAGGUCAUCAUUUGAGAGGCUUGGAGAACAGAUUGCAACUAAGUUGUGUCGUCGGAUUAUUAUAGAGUAAGGUUUGUGAAAUUGUAUAGUCUUUCUUUUUCUUGUCUUUCUUGUGUUAUUUUUGGUUUAUCAGAUAAUGUACAUUCUUCUUCAUGAAGCUAUUAGUGAACUUAUAUUGUUCCAACUCUAAUUUUUUAAGAAUCCGUAUAUAACAUAUAUUCAUGUUAUGAAUAUGAGAAUAUGAUAUUCAAAAAAUUAGGGUUAGAGAAAA